GACUGCACAGGGUGUGGUUCUCCAUCGGCAUGUCCAUAUAAAUAGUCUGUAUGCGUCGCACGAAAAUCGAAGACGUCCGAUCGGAACACCAUGAAGUGCGCAUACGUUCUGCUAUCAACCUGCUGCCUGCUUUCCUACGGCUUGGCAAAGCCAGCAGCACCGCUCCUGAAUUACCAGGACAGCUUCGGUCAGUACAGCUUCGGCUACAGUAGUCCCGAUUCGGCUAGGUCCGAGGUCAGGACACUGGACGGCGUGACGCAUGGGUCCUACAGCUACAUCGAUGAUACAGGUACGAUCCAGAGUGCAGAGUACACAGCUGAUGACCAUGGAUUCAGGAUUACCGCCACUAACCUUCCCCAAGGAACUGCUUUUGUGCAAAACCCUCUGGUGUAUGGAGCCGACGGGAAACCUGUAUUGAACAUACAAAAACUGGAUCAAUUAGUUGACAAGAGCGACACUAACGUGUUUCUGAAACAAGCGAAGCAGGAAGCAACUUUGGAAGGGAAAAAACAAUUGGAAGUGACGGCUACACCCGAUGCUGGUAGCACUGGAUCUGCGUCCACUGAUCCACAGACAAGAAUUGGAGACAGCAAUGUAUUUUUGCAGAAAGAAGGGUCAGCUUUGGUGCCAGAAGAAGAGCCAUCAGUUGGUGCAGUGCCAAAUGUUGGCAGCAUCGCAUCGAUAUUUUCUGAUGUCAAGUCUGAAGCGACAAUAGGAGAGAACAAUGUAUUUCUGAAGCAAGCUAAGGAGGAACGGGAGUCAGCUUCGGAAGACAAGACAUUGACAGACGGGAGAAUUGGAAAUUUGGAGGCCAACGUGAAGUCUGAGCCUGGCAAUGCAGCUCCAGAAGCGAAACCUAAACUGGAGAAUUCUGAGGGAAAUUUGAACGUUGCUUCGAUGAAAUCUGAAGGGGCCUUACUGCAAAAGGAUGCUUCGUUAACGAACAGUUCUCCAGCCUCUACGACGAUUUUAAGGCUCGGCGAGGGGGAAUUGAAAGCAUUGAGCGGCCGAAUCGAUGCGAAAGAGCCGAGCAUGCCUGAAAACACGCAGAUAAGGUCGCAGGAGAAACAACAAGCGACAAUCGAUGCACCCAUAAUUGCGCCUAUCAGCUUGAUUCCAUUUGACGGCGGUUAUCCGACUCUCGUCAGAUACGGCGCUCAUCACUACAUCAUUUACACGAAUCCGUAGGAUAGCCUCGAUUUUUCCGCAGUCGAUGCUCCAUGAAAAAUUGUAUCUGACAUGAAUAAAUUUUCGAAAAUUACGGAA